CCAUGGAAACGGUGCUGAUCUUUCUCUGCAGCCUGCUGGCCCCUGCCGUUCUGGCCAGUGCAGCUGAGCAGGAGAAAGAAAAGGACCCUUUUCAUUAUGACUACCAGACCCUGAGGAUUGGGGGAUUGGUGUUUGCGGUCGUCCUCUUCUCGGUUGGGAUCCUCCUUAUCCUAAGUCGCAGGUGCAAGUGCAGUUUCAAUCAGAAGCCCCGGGCUCCAGGGGACGAGGAAGCCCAGGUGGAGACCCUUAUCACCGCCAAUGCAGUGGAGCCCCAGAAGGCAGAGAACUGAAGUGCAGCCUCCAGUGAGAAGCUUCCGGAACCUGAGGCCAGCUGCUUGAACCCUUAGCUGCUGAUGUUGAGGCUUAAGAAAGCCAGCCACUUCAGCAACAGAUCUUUCCCCAGGAGAAGCCAACAACUUGUGUGUCCCCUGUGCCUCUCCCUGUCCCCACUUACCCCAGUCCUGUUCUUAAUGACGCAGCUAACACCUGCCCCCUCCCACUGCAGCCUGCGGUCUGGUCCACCUCCUGUGUCGUAUUUGUGUGUAUGUGUCUGCUGACUGUGGUCUUCGUGGAUAGUAUUGUAUUUGUGAACUGUGGACUCACUUUCUAGGGCAGGGGCCGAGCCAUGUUGUCACCAGCUCCUCCUGCAUCCCAUGCCCUCCUGCUCCCCAGAGUCUGUUUUUCCCCUGAGAGACCAGUCCCUUGUCUGGAUUUAGGGAUGAGGGUAGAAGAAGUGCCUGGACAGGAGUCCCCAGCUGUCUUGGGACUAAGAAGGUUUGCAUCUUCUUCAUUGUUGCUCUUCAUGGACUUUCUUCCAUCUUUUCAGAAGAGCCUCGCUCUCCAAGUCUGUUCAGAGAUCCCGUAGUAAUUGGAGAUGCGACGGAGGAGCUGGGAGCCCAGUAUUGCCUUUAGGCAGGUCUAGCCCUUCCCUGGUCAUUUUCCUCCUGGGGCUUCCACUGUGGACUCUGCCUCUGCCCUGGCCAUUUGCGGAGCGCCCAGUAAGUCUAGUCUAGGACUCUGUGCUCCUGGGGAAUGUGCCCCUCAUAUAUCUUCUGAGCAAUAACCCCAUGGGCUCUGGAACCCUCCCACCUUCCCUGCUUCCAAAACUUCAGUUUGCAGCCCAGCUCGUCUGGACUCAGGCUCCCAUCCCUGAACUUGGGUCUCUGGCAGGCAAUGGCUGAGGGGGUUCCCCUUCCAUUGGGGCCAGUAUAUGCACCUAAGCAUCAGGGAGAGCAGAAGGGUCUUUGGUCAGGCAGCAGUGCCAGCACCUGCAUCCUGUCUGUCAGUCAGUGGCCAGUGAUGGAGUGAUAGAUAGGCGAGUAGUGGAAGAGCUGCAGGUCAGGGACCCAGCAGGGUUUGUGCAGUCCCCUGUGGAGCAACAGCCAGAAGUCGAAGGUCAUAGAGUGGAAACUCAAACUAGAUCCUGCCCUACCUGUCCUUUGUGUCCCGUGGAAACUAACCAAACCGAGCUGCCGUGACCAGGACUGCUGUUCUGUCUUGUGAUCUAUCCUCUUGACAACAAAAG